AUGACCCGGGGGCUGUCGAUUGGGUGGAAGCCGGCGGACCAGAAGAAAGCGAUGCAGCCGCAUCCACAGCAGCACCCGCAGCAAGAGGCGGACGGAGGAGCAGCGGCGAAAGGCGAUGGAGGAGGGGCGACAGGCGAAGCAGGAGGACCAGGGGGAGGGUCUGCGAUAUCAGCUGGACCGGAUGCGAAAGCAGCAGGGGACGGGCUCAGUAUUGAAGCUUCCGCAGCAGCAACAACAGCUGUUGCUACUGGCUAUGAUAAUCGCCCCAGCACUAGCGGCGCCAUCCACACUCCAAGAGGGGGUAACAAGGCAAUUCGCCCCAGCAGCAGCGCGGGCGUACUCAGUAUCACCCCUUCUGGCACUGGGCCGAAGAAUUUUAGCCGGAGCGUGUCUGUGAUUGGCGGAGGGCGGGCGGGGGCAAUGCGGGACUGGAAGAGAAAGGAGGCGCUGGAACGGCAGUGGGCUGAGUGUGAGUUAAAAUUAGGUAAGUCGGAGUCGGUUCCUGGACCUGCGCUGCCGCCUAGGGGCGCCAGGGGUAUGGUAGGGGGUAGACUGUGGGAGAGUUGUAAGGAGCGGGGGGUAAGUGUGGGGUCGGAUUGGGAGGAUAGGGUGGGGAGGAUUGUGGAGGAGGCUGCUGAUGUGGCGGGAACGGGGACGGGGGAGAGGGGGGAGGAGGAGGUGGGGAAGGGAGUGGCGGAAGGGGAGGCUGGGUCUGCUGGGGUGAGUGUAGCGGGUGUGACUGAAGGGGGAAUGGCGGUGGAGAAUGUGGUUGUAGGCAGUGAGAGUGGCGAUGUUGUGACUGAUGGUAGUGGGGUCACUGCUGCUGCUGCUGCUGCUGCUGCUGCUGCUGCUGGUGGCGGAGCAGCAGAGGAAAUCAUAGAAGCAGAGCAGAAGACGGUGGGACAGGUAACAGGCAAAGAGAAGGGAGCGAAGCAGGGAGGGGACGAGGCGGCUGCUGCUGCUCCCAAGCUUUGGAGAAUGUGGAGCAAGGAGAAGGAGAAGGAGAAGGAGAAGGACAGGGAUGCCCCUCAGCAGCAGCCGUCGCCGCAGGAGCAGCAGCAGCCGUCGCCGCAGGAGCAGCAGCAGCCGUCGCCGCAGGAGCAGCAGCAGCAGCAGCAGCAGGGAGAGCAAGGAAAGAAGGGGCGCCGUUGGUCUCUUCGCUCCACGAAAUCAUCUGCAACAGCAAAGCCCUCAACCCCAUCCCUCAACCUCGCCCACGCGUCCUCUGAGGGAAACCUUGUCAGCAGAGGCACUGGCGCUGCUGGCAGCACCCACAGCAGCAGCGUUGACAGUUCUGCCACUGGUGCUGCUGCUGCUGCUGCUGCUUCUCCUUCUGGUCGUCGUCAGAACAAGCCCUCUUCAAAAGCAGCCCCGGCGAAGCUGACUCGCGUGUUCACCAUGGGCCCUGUUCCUGCUAGGGAGAACAGCGGCCGAGUUGACAGUGCGGUGCAGAGCGGUUCUGGGGGCAGUUUGGCGGGAUGGGUACGUGGGUCGUCCGUGGGUUCGGCGAAUGGAGAGGAGGGGGAUGAGGGGCGGGCGAGUGCGGAAGGGGGGGAUCGUGGGGGGAGCACUGCUGGGGGGAAUUCUGCAGACAGGCACACAAGCUCGUCUCAUGCCCAAGAGAGCGAGGCAGGCCCCGACUCUGCACUUGACUCGCUGCGGUCAAGCGCCAUGUUCUCAUCAGGCCGCAAGCAGAGGCAGCACGGGCGGCACAGCAAGGUGGUGACUGUGAGGGAGUACGUACAGGGGGUGCUGGUGGCGGAGAUCCCAAGGUCCAAGCUGCAGCACGAUCUUGUGAGGCGGCGUGGACCCACACGCAGGGCGGGGAGAAAGGCAGGAGAGCUGAUAUACAAGGGGCACCGCAGCUACGACCUCAUGACGGCUAUCCAGCUGGGGCUCAGGCACUCCACAGGGCGGUCAACACCUCCCCCAGUUGUCCCUUCCUCAGAAGCUCCCCCCACAGCUGCACCUGCCUCAGCCGCACCUGCAUCUAGCGCUCCUCCCUCAGUUACACCUGCGUCAACUGCUGCACCUGUCCCAGUUGCACCUGCCCCAGCAGAGCUGCGUGCAGAGGACUUUGUGGCGGCAGACAGGAUGUGGUUCCCCCCAGAGGGCUCCUCCUGCACACCGCCCCACAACACGCUCCCCUUCACCUGGCGCGACUACGCUCCCAAGGCCUUCAGUGAGCUGCGCGCCAUGUUUGGUAUCGAUCCAGCUGACUACACGCUGUCCCUGUGCGGCGACAAUGCCCUGAGGGAGCUUUCGUCCCCGGGCAAGUCCGGGAGUGUGUUCUACCUGUCGGACGAUGAUAGAUUUAUCAUCAAAACCAUGCGCGCGUCUGAAGUGCGGGUGAGUAAAGGGGACGGGGGGGUGUGGGGGGGGUAA